AUGGUACGUUUAAGCAACCCAAUAAUCACAACCCUCAACGUCCUCACCCUCCUCAUCUCCCUCGGCGCCAUAGCUUUCGCGACGUGGCUGCACUUAAACCCCCGCGCCACGCCCUGCGCCAGGGGCCUCCAGAGGCCUGUCCUCGUCCUCGGGGCGUCGCUCCUCGCCGUGUCGUUGGUGGGGUUGGCGGGGUCGUGGCGCCGGAUAUCGGCGUUGCUGUGGGCGUACUUGGCGCUGCUGUUUGUGUUUAUCUUGGGCAUGGUUUGCUUCACUGUGUUCACUAUAGCUGUGACGAAUAAGAGUGUGGGGAGGGCUUUGUCUGGGAAAGGGUAUAAUGAGGCGAGGCUUGGGGAUUACUCGCACUGGUUGCAGAAGUAUGUGGUGAAUGCUGAGAACUGGGAUGGGAUUAAGAGUUGUUUGGUUGAGAUUAACUUCUGUGGGAAUCUCGCCGAGGAUAGAGGACCCCGGUAUUAUAAAAAUAGCGUCGCUGCCACACAGUGGGGUUGUUGCAAGCCUCCAAUAGAUUGUGGGUUCAAAUCUGACAACGCAACCUACUGGACAAGGCCGCCGAAAGGGGGGCGACCGGAAGAGGAGGAUCCAGAGUGCAAGAAAUGGAGCAACGUUCAGACACAGCUGUGUUUCGACUGCGAAUCAUGCAAGAAGGCAGUGCUGUAUAACAUCCAGAAAGAGUGGAAGAAACUGGCGAUUAUCAACGCCAGCAUCCUCGUUGUUGUUGUCGUUGUCUACUCUGUUGGCUGCUGUGCUCUAAGGAGUAACAGAGCAAAACAGAACCAAAAAGCAUAG